UCCCGGAGCCGCGGCCGCUGGCGCUCGGGCGCGGCGUUCCUCAGGCGGUCCUCGACUCCCGGCCGCGCCGCAAGCGCCCGGCCCUCGGUGUCUCCCGCAGCCGGGCCGGGGCCUCCGCGCCCGCCGAGAGAGGCCGCCAUCACCAGCGCCGCCGAUCCUGUCUUCACUGUAAGAAUGUAAGAUGGAUCCAGAAGAGCAGGAGCUGUUGAGCGAUUACCGAUACAGAAAUUAUGCGUCGGUGAUUGAAAAGGCUCUGAGGAAUUUUGAGUCCUCGAGUGAAUGGGCCGAUCUCAUAUCUUCCCUUGGCAAGCUCAACAAGGCCCUUCAGAGUAACCUGAAGUAUUCCUUGCUGCCACGACGGCUCCUGAUCAGCAAGAGAUUAGCUCAGUGCUUGCAUCCUGCCCUGCCCAGCGGUGUGCACCUGAAAGCCCUGGAAACCUACGAGAUCAUCUUUAAAAUUGUGGGGACCAGAUGGCUGGCCAAGGACUUGUUCCUUUACAGCUGCGGCCUGUUCCCGCUCCUGGCGCACGCGGCCAUGUCGGUGCGUCCUGUGCUGCUCGGUCUGUAUGAGAAGUACUUCCUCCCGCUGCAGAAGCUGCUGCUGCCCAGUCUCCAGGCCUUCCUCGUGGGCCUGCUGCCCGGCCUGGAGGAGGGCUCCGAGAUCUAUGACAGAACGGACGCCCUGCUGUUGAGGCUGUCACUGGCAGUGGGCAGGGAAGUGUUCUACGCGGCCCUGUGGGGGAGCGUCCUGGCCAGCCCAGCCAUCCGCCUGCCUGCCUCACUGUUCGUGGUGGGGCACAUCAGCAGGGACCUGCCCGGCAAGGAGCAGAAGUACAUGCUGGGCACUGACUAUCAGCUCACGGUCAAGUCCUUGUGCGUGUCACUGCUGGACUCAAAUGUCCUUGUGCAAAGAAACAGCCUGGAGAUCGUCUUGUUCUUCUUUCCGUUCUCUGCCUGUCUGGAUCCCCACGAGCAAGCCGUCCCGCUGCCCAGGUCCGCCAUGGUCCGCAUCCUGUCAGCCGCCAGCCAGACGCUGCUGAGGAGGGACAUGUCCCUGAACCGGAGGCUGUAUGCCUGGUUGCUCGGUUCAGACAUCAAGGGAAACACCAUUGUGCCGGAAUCUGAACUCUCCAGUUGGUACGAAGACCACUCCUCCUACUUCUUUGAAAAAUACUCCAAGGAGCUCCUGGUUGAGAGCCUGGCUGAGAUCCUACACCAGCAGUUUGGGGACGCCGACAUGGAGGAGCGCCAUCACGCGUACCUGAAGCCCUUCCGCAUCCUCGUCAGUCUGCUGGACAAGCCAGAGAUAGGGCCGCAGGUGGUUGACAACUUAUUUCUUGAAGUCAUCAGGGCUUUCUAUUCCUAUUGUAAAGAUGCCCUUGGCUCUGACCUCCAGCUUAGCUACACGCACAGUGGAAACCCACUGAUCAGUACGAUCAAAGAAAACAGAAACGCCUCUGAGAUCGUGAAGACCGUGAACUUGCUCCUCACCUCCCUAAGCACAGACUUCCUCUGGGAUUACAUGACACGGUGCUUUGAGCAGUGCUUCAGAGUGGGGAAGCAGACGGAGGCUGCCGGGAAGAGCGUCGGCCCACCGCCCACAGUCUCGGAGCUCUGCACCCUCCUCGUGUUCCUGCUCGACGUGAUUCCUUUGGAACUUCACUCGGAGGUGCAGACCCAGUACCUGCCGCAGGUGCUCAACUGCCUGGUGCGGCCCCUCGCCGAGGAGAUGGGGGCCUUGAGCCUGCCGGAACUCACACUCGCCCUGAAGACGUGCUUCAAGGUGCUCAGCAAGGUGCAGAUGCCUCCUUCCUACCUGGACGCCGAGUUCACCAGCGGCAGCUCGAGUCCGAUAAAAGGCGAAUCCGAAGUCAUUUUAGAAACUAAGGCCAUGGUCCCUGGGGACGAGGAGACCACACUCCCCCCACUGAAGUCCGAGGACAGCGGCAUUGGGCUUAGCGCCUCAUCGCCAGAGCUGUCCGAGCACCUGCAGCUCCCUCCGGUGUCUCCCCAGCGAGACGACAUCUGGAAGAAGGGCGGGACCAUGCAGCAUACCUUCCUCAGCAUCCAGGAGCUGAUUGGCAGCUUCGCCAGCAAGAACAUCUUCGGAGCACAGCUGACCGUGUCCGGGGAAGAGAGCAGGUCCAAAGAGCCCGCAGAGAAACAGGAAAAGAGCGGGGCCCAGCGGCCCGGGGCCAGCCACCCCGACAAGAAGGACUUGUGGGAGGCCAGGCCCAUCACCGUGCCCCAGUUUAAGCAGAUGCUCUCGGACUUGUUCACAGCACGAGGGUCGCCAUUUAGGACGAGAAGCUCCGACUCGCCUUCCUCCCUGCCCAGUAGCCCAAGCAGAAAGAAGGACGGAGACUGGGACAUGGAGCAGGUGAUAGUCAGCCUGGCAGACUCCAGGGAUGAGUGCAGGGAGGCCUUUGCUGCUGCCUGCCACCUGCUGCUGGACUGUGCCACCUUCCCCGUCUACCUGUCCCAGGAAGAGAUGGAGCAGCUCUACGAAACGCUCUUCCAGCUCCCAGGAGCUGGUGACCCAAGUUUCCCGGCGUGGCUCAAGUCCCUCAUGACAAUCAGCUGCUGUGUCAAUGACUGCUACCUGCAGAACGUGGCCAUCUCCACUCUGCUGGAAGUGAUCAACCACUCACAGUCCCUCGCACUGGUCAUCGAGGACAGGAUGAAGCGCUACCGAAGUUAUGGACACAACCCAUUUCUCAGCAAGCUGCAGAUGGUCACUGUUCCUCCCAUUGCUCCAGGGAUACUGAAAGUUGUUGCAGAAAAAACCGACUUCUACCAGCGGGUGGCUCGCGUGCUUUGGAAUCAGCUGAACAAGGAGACCCGGGAGCACCACAUCACCUGUGUGGAGCUGUUCUACCGGCUGCACUGCCUGGCCCCGACGGCCAACAUCUGCGAGGACAUCAUCUGCCACGCCCUCCUGGACCCCGACAAGGGAACACGGCUGGAGGCUCUGUUCAGAUUCUCCGUUAUCUGGCAUCUGACACGAGAGAUCCAGGGCAGCCGAGUGAUGUCCCACAAUCGCUCCUUCGACAGGUCCUUGUUCGUGGUGCUAGACAGCCUGGCCUGCACAGAUGGCGCCAUCAGUGCAGCAGCCCAGGGCUGGCUGGUGCGUGCCCUCUCCCUCGGGGAUGUGGCACGCAUCCUUGAACCCGUGCUCCUGCUCUUGCUGCAGCCCAAAACCCAGAGAACCUCUAUCCAGUGCCUCAAGCAGGAGAACUCAGCGGAGGACUGGCAUCGCUGGCUUUCCAAGAAGAAAACCCCUUACCAGCAGGCGUGUGGGGGCUCUGAGCUUCCAGAGGGCAGCCCGGAGGACCACCUGCCACUGAGCCAGUUCACCACGGUGGACCGCGAGGCCAUCUGGGCCGAGGUGGAGAAGGAGCCAGAGCCGUGCCCGCCGAGGAGCCAGGUGAGCGAGGAAGACCUGCCGGAUGAAGGGGAGCUCACUGACAGGCCAGCCCACAGCACCGGGGACAGCAGUGAGCACACCGAGUCCGCGGACACCAGCUCGGGCCACACAGACAGCGAGAACACGUCCUCCUUCUCGUCGCCCUCCCACAACCUGCAGGAGCUGAGCCCUGAUGAGAACUGCUGCGCCCCCAUCCCCGUGGGGGGCAGGAGGUACCCCAAGCGCCCUUCCUUGCUGGCAGCCUUCCAGCCAGAAAGCCUCAAGUCAAGCGCCAGGCUAAGCCUGACACGGGUGGACUCAGACAAGACCCAGGCUUCCGAGUCACUGUCCAGCGACGAGGAAGCCGAGGUGGAGCUGCAGGCCCUGAGCGCGAGCCGGCUGCUGAGGCAGCGCAAGGAGAAGCAGGAGCAGCUGGAGGCCUUGUUCAAGCACAUCCUGCUCUAUCUGCAGCCCUACGACUCGCGGCGAGUCCUGUACGCCUUCUCCGUGCUCGAGGCCGUGCUCAAAACCAACCCGAGGGAGUUCACCGAGGCCGUGUCCGGCACCAGCAUGGACACCAGCUCCACCGCACACCUCAACCUCAUCUCCAACCUCCUGGCUCGCCACCAGGAGGCCCUCAUCGGCCAGAGCUUCUACGGAAAGCUCCAGAGCCAGCCCCCCAACGUGUGCCCCCACUCUCUGCUCAUUGAGCUGCUCACCUACCUGUGCCUGAGCUUCCUCCGCUCCUACUACCCGUGCUACCUGAAGGUCUCCCACCGGGACAUCCUGGGCAACCGGGACGUGCAGGUCAAGAGCGUAGAGGUCCUCAUCAGGCUCAUGACGCAGCUGGUCUCGGUGGCCAAGGUGGCCGAGGGCAGGAACGUGGACUUCAUCCACAGCCUGCUGCAGAGGUGCAAGGUGCAGGAGUUCGUGCUGCUGUCGCUGUCGGCGUCCAUGUACACGAGCCAGAAGCGCUACGGCCUGGCCACCUCGGAGUGCGGCAGGGACCCACCGGAUGACUGCCUCUUUGAGGAGAGCCUCAUCAAUCUGGGGCAGGACCAGAUCUGGAGCGAGCACCCUCUGCAGAUCGAACUGCUGAAGCUCCUGCAGGUGCUCAUUGUCCUGGAGCACCACUUGGGCCAGGCGCACGAGGAGGCCGCCAGCCAGCCGGUCCUGGCCCGGGAGUGGCAGAGGGCCCUCAGCUUCCAGCAGGCCAUCAGUGCCGCACAGUACGUGCAGCCGCACCCGCUCACCUCCCAGGGCCUGCUGGUGUCUGCCGUGGUGAGGGGGCUGCAGCCCACCUAUGGCUACGGCAUGCACCCGGCCUGGGUGAGCCUAGUCACACAUUCCUUGCCGUACUUUGGGAAAUCCCUGGGCUGGACAGUGACGCCCUUUAUCAUUCAGAUUUGCAAAAACCUGGACGAGCUGGUCAAACAGUACGAGAGUGAAUCUGUGAAGCUGUCGGUCAGCAGCACCUCCAAGAGGGAGAACAUUUCUCCGGAUUACCCACUCACUCUUCUGGAAGGCCUCACAACCAUCGCUCACUUCUGUCUUCUGGAACAUCCCAACCAAAACAAAAAGGCCACUGCUGUAAGUGACCCCACCAACUUGAGAAAUGCCAAGAACGCCAUCUUGGAAGAGCUGCCUCGGAUUGUGAAUACCAUGGCCCUUCUCUGGAAUGUUCUUAGAAAGGAAGAGACUCAGAAGAGACCAGUCGAUCUUCUGGGGGCCACAAAGGGAUCCUCCUCUGUUUACUUUAAAACCACCAAAACCAUAAGACACAAAAUCCUCGACUUCCUAAACCCCUUGACAGCGCAGCUCGGGGUCCAGCUGACCGCUGCCAUCGCCACGGUGUGGAGCAGGAAGAAAGCCCCGCGGCACAGUAAGAUGAAGAUUGUCCCGGUGGCAAGUGCCUCCCAGCUGACCCUUGUGGACUUGGUCUGUGCGCUCAGCACGCUGCAGACGGACACGGUGCUGCACCUGGUGAAGGAGGUGGUGAAGAGGCCGCCGCAGAUCAGAGGGGACGAGAAAUCCCCGCUGGCGGAUAUCCCGGUGCUGCAGUUCUGCUCUGUUUUCAUCCAGAGGCUGCCCACGCCAGCCCUGCAGGACAGCUUCGGGUCGCUGCUAGGAGUGCUGAAGGAGUCGGUACAGCUGAACCUGGCGCCCCCUGGGUGCUUUCUGCUGCUGAGCAUGCUGAAUGACUUUGUCACCAGAACACCCAACCUGGACAGCAAGAAGGACCAGAAGGACCUACAGGAAGUCACCCAGAAAAUCCUGGAGGCCGUGGGGAACAUCGCUGGCUCUUCCUUGGAGCAAACCAGCUGGCUGAGCAGGAACCUGGAGGUGAAGGCACAGCCUCAGGUCACGCUAGAGGAAUCCGACGCGGAGGAGGAUUUAUGCGAUGCUGCUGCAGCCUCAGCCAUGGUGUCUGCAUCCGCCCCCUCGGUGUACAGCGUGCAGGCCCUGUCCCUCCUGGCAGAGGUUCUGGCCUCGCUCCUGGACAUGGUGUACCGCAGUGACGAGAAGGAGAGAGCCGUGCCACUCAUCUCACGCCUGCUCUACUACGUGUUUCCUUACUUGCGCAAUCACAGCGCCUACAACGCCCCCAGCUUCCGGGCCAGUGCACAGCUGCUGAGCUCCCUGAGUGGUUAUGCCUACACGAAGCGGGCCUGGAAGAAGGACGUACUGGACCUGUUCUUGGACCCCGCCUUCUUCCAGAUGGACACUUCCUGCGUCCAUUGGAAGUCCAUUAUUGACCACCUUCUGACUCAUGAGAAAACAAUGUUUAAGGAUUUAAUGAGCAUGCAGAGCAGCUCCAUGAAGCUGUUCUCCAGCUCCGAGCAGAAAGCCAUGCUGCUCAAACGCCAGGCCUUUGCCGUCUUCAGCGGAGAGCUUGACCAGUACCACCUCUACUUGCCCCUCAUCCAAGAACGCCUGACAGACAAUCUCAGAGUGGGCCAGACGUCCGCAGCUGCCGCUCAGAUGUUUCUGUUUUUCAGAGUUUUGCUGCUAAGGAUAUCUCCUCAGCAUCUGACUUCACUGUGGCCAAUCAUGAUCUCUGAGCUGAUCCAGACAUUCGUGCAGCUGGAAGAGGAUCUGAAAGAGGAAGAUGAGUCAUUGCGAAACGGCAACAAAGUGAACAGAGUGAAGGCAUCAGCGGCCGAGAGCCCCGGGCCCGGGGAAGGGGAGAUGGCCCAGAGCGAGCUGGGCCUGUACUUGUCAGCGUGCAAGUUCCUGGACACAGCGCUUGCUUUCCCGCCAGACAGGAUGCCGCUGUUCCAGAUUUACCGGUGGGCGUUCGUCCCAGAGGUGGACACGGAGGGCCCCACCUCCCCGUCAGAGCUGGAGGAGGACCACCAGGAGUGCAAACCACAUACCGUCAGGAUUCUGGAACUUCUCAAGGCCAAGUAUGGUGAAGCGGGUGGCUCGGACGAGGUCACGGCCAAGAACGAGCUCCCCCUGCUGCGCCAGCACUCGGUCUCCAGCAUCAGGCAGCUCAUACCCUUCUUCAGCAUGCUCAGCUCCGCCUUUAAGGCCCCGAGUCAGCUGCCAGCCGCAAGCUUCCUCCGCCCCGACAGCCCACGCCUCUUAAAGCAGCUGGAGGAAUGUGUGGAACAUGACUUUCUAGAAUAUCCAGAAUGUUAACCCUGUGAGAGUGUCGCCUCCGCUUUGGGGCUUCAGCACACUCCAGGGUGGCAUCCCCGAGCUGGAAGCACUUUGAAAGGAACCCACUCCAAUGCAGAAAGUUAAUUCCAGAUCAUUCUCUGUCCAGCCGCAAAGCACGCACAUCCCCCAAAUGCCUUGUAAUAUUUCUUGGGUCUGAUCCUGUAUUUCUUUCGCAAUGUACGGAAAUGGAAAGAAAAGGAAUCUGUCACCCAGCAGUGACUCCCAACUUGUCACUGGAAGUUAAGCCCAAGAAGGAAGGAACUGCUGGCUGUGUCGAAGCGGAAAUGUGACCCUGCUCAGGACAUUUCUCUAAAAGUAUAAGCUUAUUAAAGAUUCUUAUUUUUAAUCUUU